GACGUCACUAGCAGAUGGCAUGGGCACCAGCUCUGGCAGUUGGCAUCAAUGUCACUUUUUAGAGAUCAAUGAGAUAGUGCAGAUAUACACAGGUCUAGAGACUCCUGGAAGCGAUGCGACAUUCAGACUGAAAAGAUUUGGAAGACAAAAAAUGAAAACUGAUUAUUGAAAGCAAUUUAAACCUAAGGUAAUUUGAGAUUGUAGAAGCAUGUUAACGCUACCCUUUGAUGAGUCUGUUGUAAUGCCAGAAUCCCAGAUGUGCCGAAAGUUUUCCCGAGACUCGGAAGACCUGAAGCCGAUGAAGAAGCCGGAAGGCUUGGCCAAGCAGGUCGUCGUCCUGCAAGGGAAGGGUAUCAAGAGGGCCAGUGGCGAGGAGAGCGAGAAGGAAGAGGAGGAGGAAGACAGGGAGGAGGAAGAUGGGAAUGGCCUGCCCAGGAGGAGGGGGCUCAGGAAAAAAAAGACCACCAAGAUCCGCGUGGAGAGGGUCAAGUUCCGGCGGCAGGAAGCCAAUGCCAGGGAGCGGAACCGAAUGCACGGCCUGAACGAUGCCCUGGACAAUCUGCGGAAGGUGGUCCCCUGCUACUCCAAAACCCAGAAACUGUCUAAGAUCGAGACCUUGCGCCUGGCCAAGAACUACAUCUGGGCCCUGUCUGAAAUCCUGAGGGUUGGCAAGCGGCCCGACCUGCUCACUUUCGUCCAGAACUUGUGCAAAGGGCUCUCUCAGCCAACAACCAACCUGGUGGCUGGCUGCCUCCAGCUCAAUGCCAGGAGCUUCCUCAUGGGCCAGGCCGGAGAGGGCCCUCACCACACCCGCUCACCCUAUUCCGGCUUCUACCAGCCCUACCACAGCCCAGAGCUGGGCACCCCGCCGGGCCACGGGACUCUUGACAAUCCCAAAUCCGUGAAGCCCUACAAUUACUGCAACGCUUACGAGGCCUUCUAUGAAAGCCCCUCCCCUGAGUGCCCCAGCCCUCAGUUUGAAGGUCCCUUAAGCCCUCCCCCAAUUAACUAUAAUGGGAUAUUUUCCCUGAAGCAAGAAGAGGCCUUGGACUAUGGCAAAAAUUACAAUUACGGCAUGCAUUACUGUGCCAUACCCCCAAGGGGUCCCCUGGGGCAGGGUUCUAUGUUGAGGUUGUCCGCAGAAAACCCCUUCCCUUACGACCUACAUCUGAGAAGCCAAUCGCUCGCCAUGCAGGAUGAAUUAAAUGCAGUUUUUCAUAAUUAAUGAGGAAAAGGGAAAUAAACAGUGGUCAUUCACCUCCCCCCAGCCCCCUAACCCUGCCCCCUUCCCCCACCGUCUAAUUGAGACCAAACAGAUGCUUCUGCCCCGUGUUAAUUGGGACCGCUCAUUUAAGGUGUUUACUAGUUUCUAAAGUGUGUUUCCACUCUGGUGAGGAUUUUCUAUGUAAUAAUAAAUCUCUUUUCUUAUGAGUACCCUUUCCCUCUUCUUGGUCUGUGAAGCGCUGUGACUCUCCUUCUCCUGGAAGGCUUUCCAUUGGAAAAUCACUUAAUUUGUUUGAACAGUAUGUCUCCACAAAUAUUGUCCAAUAAAGACAUGCCCACCGUAUAAUACA